AUGGACGGGAUGCACCGAGACACGAUCGGGGAAGGGAUCGCGUCAUACAGCGAGUUUUUGCUGACACUGGAGGAGGUCAGGGAAGCGAGGAUUGAGAUGCUGGGUGUGUCGACCCUCUUCAACUUCAAGGCGUCAAAUAGCCACAAGGGCAGCAGAAACACUUUCUCUGUCCUGCUCAGCCUUAAGCAACCAGGAAGUAAGGGCACCUCGAGCUGGAGGGUGUCAGAAGAUGCCCGUGACCCUCGCAGUACUCGCCCGCUCAACGCGCAGAGAUUCGAGCGACUCGUCUUCAUGCUUUCAGUUCACAAUCAUACGAGGUUGAUCGUCCUCCUAGCUCGCUGUCCCCGUCCCAGAUGGUGGAACCAAGAGGAGGUGUUGAAGAUGAAAUUUUGCCUGGCCGCGAUGAAGAAACAUUCGGACUCGGUCAAGCUCAUGGAUGAGUCCGAAAACUAUCAGGAUGUUCUUGGCGAGUGGAUGGAGGAGGUAGACGAGAUAGGAGGAACAAAGGAGGAGGCCUGCUGUCUACUCCAGGCAUCGAUACGAAGAUUGAGGACGAGGAGACUCGUUCAAGGCGAGGAACAUGGGCGACCAAGUACAGCAGAUGAAGAUGUUAGAAACACGCUGAUGAUGAUGGAGGAAGUCACGGUGGGCGCAGGAGAUUUUCAUGCUCUCUCACUGUCUUCAUCGCGCGUUGUCUCAACCAAAUCAUGGUGCUCUUUGUGUCGCCAUUCUCCAUACCUCUACCUCUACCUCUACCUCUACCUCUACCUCUACCUCUACCUCUACCUCUACCUCUACCUCUACCUCUACCUCUACCUCUACCUCUACCUCUACCUCUACCUCUACCUCUACCUCUACCUCUACCUCUACCUCUACCUCUACCUCUACCUCUACCUCUACCUCUACCUCUACCUUUACCUCUACCUCUACCUCUGCCUCUGCCCCUUCCUUCUCACCUCCUUACUCUCUUUUACCCACAUUGUCAUGAGCAUAUCUUUUCCCCUUUCCGCCUGUCUGAGCAUUCAGCUGAAGGUGACGAGGACGCGCUCUGCUUGCAAGUCAGUCGCCGUCUCCUCGAGCAGGUCUAGUGGAGAAGGAGCGGAGGAAGGGCAUGAAGAAGAUGCAGGGAUGCCAGGCAAGCCAAUGGAAGAUCUUAACGACCUGGUCAAGGCUCUAGCGAUGGAGUGUCUCAAGCUAGGAGAGGAGGAAAGCUUCACUCUCUUCGACUUCGACGAGGACGAGGCCAUCGACCUCCUCGACUUCCACCAGGGCGUCGACUGUCUCGCCACGUCCCUCCCUCUGGAUCGCGUUGCUGAUCUCUUCGGCAUAUUGGAGGGAGGAGGCGGGGGGAGGAUGACAAGGGAGCAAUGGGCUCUCGCCCUCGCGCGCUGGGGGUAG